AUGAGUUUAUAUUUUACAACAUUAUUUCUAUUGCUCACUAUUGAGAUGGUGAUGCUCUUCAUCUUCGUUUUGCCUCUGCCAUUCAGAAUUCGUAGAGGUAUUUUCAGCACCUACAACCAAUUGACGGCAAAGCAGCAGAUAAAAACAAUAAUUUUUAUAACGGGUUGUCUUGUUGGGCUAUUGUUUAUUGAUUCCUGGAAGAGAUCUCAAAUUCACGUUUCACUAUACCAUCAUGAUAACAGUGGUGCAAUGGGGUCGUCUGCUGUCACUCCAAUCCAGGCAUUAGCAUCAAGAGCUUACAAUCAAAGAAAUAUGUACAUUUCUGGGUUCAUAUUGUAUUUUUCUAUCUGCAUCCCCACUGUCAUGUCCAUUGUCAAGAGACUGGUGAAAUACCACGGCUUGAUCAACGAGCAAAAAAAGCAAAAAUUGACCAAAACGUCAUCAAAGGCUGAAAAAGCUUCGAAGGAGGCCGCGAACUAUGCUAAACUUCAAGAAGAGCUAAAGAAAAAACAAAUUUCUCUUGAAGGCCUGCAAAAGCAAGUUAAAAACUUGGAGAAAUAUUUCGAUGAGAAAAACCAACCCGGCAACCUAGCCGCCGCUGAAGCUGUAAAAAAGGGAAAUUAA